GAGAUGUUGCUCCAGUGCAAGGAACUGCAUUCGACCUAAGAAAGCCAGUGCAGCUUGGAAAACACCUGCAAGAGUUCCGCCUCGGUGGUUUUGACCAUAAUUUCUGUCUGAAGAACUCUAAAGAAAAGCAUUUCUGUGCAAGGGUGUAUCAUGCUGGAAGCGGGAGGGUACUAGAAGUAUACACCACCCAGCCUGGUGUCCAGUUUUACACGGGCAACUUCCUGAAUGGCACGCUGAAGGGCAAGAAUGGAGCCAUCUAUCCUAAGCAUUCUGGCUUCUGCCUUGAGACCCAGAAUUGGCCUGAUGCAAUCAACCAGCCCCACUUCCCUCCUGUGCUGCUGAGUCCUGGGGAGGAGUACAACCAUACCACCUGGUUCAAGUUCUCUGUGGCUUGAGGAAGUGUGAAGAUACAUCCUAGUCCAUGGCCAGGCCUGGGUCCCCUCAGCAGCCUGUCUCCUGUCCAGAGACAAGGUGAAGAUUUAGAGGAUUUAAAAGUGAUCAUGUGCUAAAUCAUACAAAUGGUAGCUGUCACAAUAAUUGGUCUGAAUAUUGAUUUCCUUUUCCAGUGACUGGCUCUGGACCAUGUCUAAUGACAAGCUUUGUUCUCUGAGCAGUUCAAAGGGCAAGUGAACCCAACCAUCAAUGUCAUCAUCUAAGGCCUGAACUUAGCCCAGAAGUGGUGUCCAGGGACUCUUAUACACUGUUGUAGGUUCCAUCUCUCAUCUUUGUUUCUGUGAUAUUGCUCUCAUUGCUUUUCUGUCUCCUCCUCCUCCUUUACAUCAAAUCGCUUUACUCUUGGGUAGCACUCUGCAGUUUUCCAAGGUCAUAUGAGCUGGUUCACCAUGCCAGCAGAUGGAGCCUCUGUAGCAG